GGUUGUGUUAGCUAGCUAAUGACGGGUCUGUCUGGGAGAGUCAAUUUAACUCGGCCAGAAUCUCAUAUUCUGCACAAGAUAAUGGAUGCUUGAUUUCAUUACCAAGAACUGCAUAGUACAUUAACGUCUUCGCUUUGUAGGGCGAUCCUUGUGACAGUAAGAUGCCUAUCCGAGCAUAUUGCACAAUUUGCUCAGAUUUCUUCGAUCACUCCAGAGAUGUUGCUGCCAUCCACUGCGGACACACUUUCCACUAUGAAUGUCUUCUCCAGUGGUUUCAGACAGCACCCACAAAAACCUGUCCACAGUGCAGGAAACAGGUCAGCACUAGGCACAUUAUCAGCAAGCUGUACUUUGAUGUUGGUGAAGAGGAGGAGGGCUUGAAGGAUCCGGAAAGCUUGCAGAAUGAGCUCGAUCGAAUGAAGGCACAUUUAACCACUAAAGAGCGAGACUGGCGGGACAAACAGAAGGUGGUGGACGGUUUGAAGGACACAGUGGAGAGGCAGAGGAGAGACCUGGACAGUGUGCGGAAAGAGAUAAUGGACAAGGAGAUGCUCUGUUCUGCCCUCAGAAAACAGAUGACAUACCUGGAGACACAACAGAACGACGCCCAGGCUGCCAAGGAGGAGGCCCGGAGACUCAGGACCAAAAUGAAAACAUUUGAAAGCCUGGAUGUCUUGUUGCAGGGCCAGAGGGAAGAGGUGGAGUCCAUGAUCACAGAUAUGGGUAUCAGCCAGGCGGCGGUGGAGCAGCUCUCCAUCUACUGCAUCUCGCUCAAAAAAGAGUAUGAUAAUCUAAAAGGCAGCUUGAAGUCUUCAAAUGACAUGUGUGAGAAGCUGAAGAGAGAAGUGCUCACCUCAAACAACAAGUUGCACAAAGCCUCAGUGGAGGUGACUAAGACCAAAGAGGACAUGAAGUCUCUGCAGAACGAUCUGGCCAAUGCUGACAAAGAGAUUUCUAGUCUAAAGAAGAAAGUGGAGUUUCUUCAGAGGACUCUGAGCACCCCGACAAGGACGAACGAAGCCCUCAGUCGGCUCGUCUUUGAAAGCCCGGCCCCAGUGGAGCUGAAGCAGCCUCGCCUCCACCAGCCUGCAGGUAGCGAGGACAUUGACCUCAACAUGACAUAUGACAUCACUACUCCAGAUGAUGUGGCCAAGAGACCAACACAGAUCCCAUCCAAGAAGAUGCGGCUUGACCCUCUGGUGCCAUCUUUGUCCAAACACAAGAAAGGUUCAUGUCAAAGCAAGGCUCGAGAUGAGGAUGGAGCCAUGGAUCCUUUUCUGAGGAACUCCUUCCUCUUCAGAAAGAAGACUAUGGGGAGCAUGUUGGACCCUCAGAGGAAGCCUGGAACCGUGAGAAGUGGUUAUGAUGGUUUAGGAGGACGUACUAAAUUCAUCCAACCUUCUCCGUUAUCAGAGAUUCGCCCGCUGAUGAAAGCUAAAAGGAAAAAGGUAGCCAGGCCUCCACCCAAGGUUGCAACUUGCCUGACUCUGGACAGCUUCCUGGAGUAAAUGCUGACUUUCCACUUCCUCAGAUGUAGAGUCAGAGGUCAGGGUGCUGUGUGUGUGCGUGCGUGCAUGUGUGUGUGCUUACAUGUGCGAAGUCGUGUGUUUUUGCUACUGUGGCGAGCCAGCCUGGCAGCGGCUCUGCCACUCAGCACCAAACAGGACUUUGUGAUUAAACUUUAUUUAAAGCAGUAGCUGACCUUCCUCUUGACGACAGGCUGCUGAGCCUUUGGUGACAUCAGCAAACCUGCUGUACAUUUUUUGAGUGAUGACCUCAGCUUGACUUGGAGACUCUGUCUUGACCAGCCUUCUCUUGUUGUUGUUAUGUGAGUGAGUGUGUGCAUGUGAGUGACAGACAAACCAACUUAUUUGCAGAUCCAUGUGUCAGUACUCUGUAUUAUGUCAUUGAUGAUCGCUGCUGCAUCUGUACAUCUCUACACUCUACAAAAACCAGUUGUUUUUCACAGUUAUCUCAAAACUGUCUUGUUAAACACCUACAUGUAGAUAUAUUAAAGGUAUUUUUAGUUUUAAUGGUCCUGUCAGAUGUAA